CAGGCGCGCUCACUACAUAAGAGGAAAUCAGUUACGUUACUAGCGAGCGACGUGAAGAAGAAAAACUUAUCUCCGCUAUCACAACUUCAGUGUUCAGCCUAGUCCACAAAGUGGUCUAAAGAUGUCUUCAGGUGCUCUCUUUCCAAGCUUGGUGAGCGGCUCCAGGGGAAGCUCCAGCAAAUACCUAGUGGAGUUUCGUGCUGGUAAAAUGACCCUGAAGGGGAACGUAGUGACACCAGAUAAACGCAAGGGCAUGGUGUACAUCCAGCAGUCCGAUGACUCCCUGAUUCACUUCUGCUGGAAGGACAGGACGACUGGGAAUGUUGAUGAUGACCUGAUCAUCUUUCCUGAUGACUGUGAAUUCAAGAGGGUGAACCAAUGCACCACUGGGCGUGUCUAUGUGCUGAAGUUUAAAGCUGGAUCCAAGAGACUGUUCUUCUGGAUGCAGGAGCCAAAGACAGACAAGGAUGAGGAGCACUGUCGCAAGGUGAAUGAGUAUCUGAACAACCCACCGAUCCCUGGCGCACCAGGCAGCGGAAGUGGCAGUGGCCAUGAGCUUUCUGCGCUCGGAGGAGAAGGGGGCCUGCAAAACCUCCUGGGAAACAUGAGCCACAACCAGCUGAUGCAGCUGAUUGGACCAACGGGACUGGGUGGACUGGGAGGCCUGGGAGCUCUAGCAGGGCCAGGACUUGCCAACUUGCUGGGCAGUGGAGGACCAGCCACAAGUAGCUCCUCAUCCAGCUCUCGUAGCCAAUCGGCAGCAGCCACUCCUUCAUCGGGCGGUGCUCCCAGACUGAGUUCCUCUCAGGCUCCCACCACCCCUGUGACUCCUGCUGCCUCAGCCGUGUCACCUACUGGUGUUGCUCCCUCCACACCAGCCUCAGCUCAGACUCCUCUGGCCCCAGCCUCUGUUGGAAGCCCUGCCCCCCACCAGCCCAUCCAGCUGAGUGACCUUCAGAGCAUCCUCGCCACCAUGAAUGUCCCAGCAACGGCUGCUCAGGGAUCAGCAGUGGACCUGGCGAGUGUUUGCACCCCAGAGAUGAUGGCUCCCAUCCUGACUAAUGCUGAGGUCCAGCAGAGGCUCCUCCCCUUCCUCCCCAGCGGGGAGAGUUUACCACAGAGUGCCGAAGAGAUCCAGAACACACUCAAUUCACCUCAGUUCCAGCAGUCGAUGAGUAUGUUCAGCAGUGCCUUGGCCUCCGGGCAGCUCGGCCCUCUCAUGAGUCAGUUUGGUCUGCCGGCGGAGGCUGUGGACGCUGCCAACAGAGGAGAUGUGGAGGCGUUUGCCAGAGCCAUGCAGGGCACCAAAGGAGACUCCAAAGAGAAGAAAGAGGACGACGAGGACAUGAGUCUGGAUUAGAGCUGAACCUGCCGAGCCUCAGUGAACUCUAUUGAUUCCGUUUCUUCUUCUAUUUCACUACCUUUUCUUUACCUCACUCUCUCCAACGUUGUCUUACUCUUUUCUGUACCAAAGGCAACACUCUGCUCCUACUCAGGAUGAAGCUGUAAACAGAUAAGUUAGGCCAGUUUUUCCACUGUGACCACAAGUAAACUGGUUGACCUAACUGUUCAUCAGCAGCUGUUUUGUUCUAUUGACCAUUAGUUUUACUCUGAAAGGAGAGAGAACAAGUUUUAAUGUGUUGGGACUAAGCCUUAAAGUUUGAUCUUGUUUUCUUUCUGUUUUUCUGUUGUGACACCACAGUGCAGACUCAAGAGCCUGAGUGAGUGCUGAUACAUACAGGCCUGUUUGUAAUUUACUCUUCAUAAUAAAAAACAAUCAUAUUGGCAAAG